UAUGUUUUUCCCGCCCAACUUCACUCGACUGCUCACACGACGAGAAGCGUGAGAAUAUCACAGCCUACUCACUCACCAGGUCGCCAAUCGCUUGCUUCUGGGCUUCCUUGCCUCCCGUCCACGCCCUGCCCUGUCAUGUGGCUCUCUAGAGGAGCCGCUCGAUGACAGUAGGAGGAGCACCUGCGCGCCUGGAGGGGCCGGCUUCGGCAACGUCAAGUGACCGAAACGCGGGCGCAUCAAAGAUCAGCGCCAUGAACCCCCCCUAUGUGGCAGUCGACGCGGCGUCCACUCCGCCGCCGGGCAAGUCCAGCAUACCAUGCCUGGUCUGCCGCUCAAGGAAGGUCCGGUGUGACAAGACACUGCCAGAGUGCCGCAAUUGCGAGCGCUUGGGUGUCAAGUGUCCGCGGUACAACGUGGACACGCAGACCAUCUCCCGCAGCGAGAUCAACAAGUCGGCAGAGGACAUCUUCAAAGCCGCCGGCGUGGAGAAGCGACGGGUGGGCUCGUGCGAGGAAUGUAGGAACUCCAAGCACCGCUGCACACGCACGCGACCAUCGUGCAGGAGAUGCAUCACCAAGGGCCUGCCGUGUUCUUAUCCAGACAAGGCGGACAGGCAUGACGCAAGUCGAUCGGUCCAAGACUCGCCUGAGCCGUCUCCAGUGUCGCUAGGUCAACAUACAGCGACGCAAGGCACGACCCCAUAUGAGACAAGUUAUGCGGUGCCCCAAGGGCAAGGCACCGGAUGGGACCAAAGACUAUACACGGAUACGUUGCCUGAGGACCGCACACUGCGCACCGAGUUGGUCGAAACCUUUUUUGAUCGCUCGCAUUCUCUGAGAUGCCUGGGCUUCCUCCAUCGCGAGACAUUUUUGCACUCUCUGGAGCGGGAGAGCGUCGUGCAAGACUACGGACAACCCCUCUUGUAUGCCAUGUGUGCGUUGGGCGCGAGGCACCUUCACUUUGAUAGCAUCGCCGAAGGGAAACCCGUGGCAGCUGAGUCGCAAGGCGUACCAGGGGCACUUUGGGCCGAGCGAGCCCGCAGGGAUGUCCUCAUGGAUGUGGCCUCGCCCAGUGUUAACCAUAUCAUGGCAAUGGUGCUGUUGUGUGACUACGGCGUGCGCUCGGACCAGAACUCCAUGGUCUUCGUCCUCGUUGCCUUUCUGUACCGCGUCAUCCGUCUGCACGGGCUGGAUAGUGUCGAUGUCCAUGAAAACCUGCAAGACUAUGACGCUGCCCGCCAGAGGGAGGUCGAGACGAGACUCGUAUGGGCUUGCUACUUUAUUGACCUUUUCACGGCGACGGGCGUCGAAAAGAAUGCCUGUUGGCAUGGAGAACCGACCCUUCCAUUGCCCAUCCUGGACCGUACUCAUGUCACCCACUACGUCCAAGCCCGGCAUACCCUCAAGUCGAUCGAUGCCAACGGGGUGCAUGCGGCUUUGAAUGACCUGGACCUCUCCGGCAUCCUGGUUCUUGUCGUUCGGUUGCGCCGCACCAGCCUUCGCCUCAUCCGCACACACGCUCAAGAUCUGGACAUGCCCAUAUGGAAUCCUGCAUCGCCCUUUUUGCAGAACAUACAAAGGCUCGACGAGAUAUACCAGAACCUGCCCCCACGGUACCAGCUGACCGACGCCAACAUACCUAUUCUUAGAGAGCGGCGCAUCCUCGGUGGCGUCUUCCUUCUGCAUUUUAUGCUGCAUGCCGUGGCAUCUGACUUGACGAGGAUAUCUCUCCCCGGCUUCAACUUCCCUCUGGCCCCCAUCUUCAACUCGGCCACCUCCGAAUUCCGCUCGCACUGCCAGGAACGGUGUAGGCAUCACGCGCGGCAGACGACGAACCUCAUCCGGCAAGGCCUGAGUAUUGGUCGCGGCGCCUUUGAUGAUAUUUACGCCGCGGAUGCCGCCCUCGAAGCCGCCAAGAUCCAAAUCAUCUAUGCUGCUACCGUGAACCAGUCGCCCGAGGUCAUUCAGGAGACACGAGACAAUCUCACGAAUGUGCUGUACUUUUACGACCUGUUUCACAAGGGCAAGAGUGGGACAAGUCAAUAUAUCCGAACGGUGAUGCCGCUUUGCUUUCUCUUUGGGUUCCGCGACGUCGCUGAACCAUACCGACGCCGGGGAUACGCCGACGACAACGAGGCCGAGGUCAUCGGCUCGGCGGAUAUCGAUCACCUCUCUCGUUUCGCCCCGUUCCGGCGCGCCAGAUCGGAACUCAAGGCCAGCUCGGUGCAGAGCCCCGUGAGCUCGUCUUCAAGGCACACCCACCCGUCUCCGGCAAGGCAGGAUAGCAGGACUCUGCCGCCUCUCAUGGUACCCCCCACGACGGUGCCCAAUACUCCCCAAAGCCAGCCGCGCCAUACGCAAAUGCUGCCCGUCUUGCGACCUGCGUACAGCUCCUUCGCGCCACCUGAUCCUGUGGUCGUGGACCAGAAUUACUAUCCAGUCCAGAGCACGCUGCCGCCCAUUAACUCGCAGAUGAUGAGCAUGGUGUCAGACACGAUGGUUGGGCAGCCGACCAUGGACGACUACAUCCGCACAGCCGGCGACAUGGCGGGCUACCUGACAUGGGACCAGAUGGAGAUACCAGCGUCGCUGAACUAUGCCAACUUUUUCCCUGAUGGGUAAGGCUCCUUCAUGCGGGUGGGACGACUUUCUUCAAGAGUUCUGGGGUGAUCUCGGGUCGGCCAAUGUACUUGAUCCAGGCAUAUGGGUCUUCCAUCUCGUCGAGCAGGGCGUGUUGGCUGCCCACGUCCGGGACAGGAUACUCGCCGGCGACACCGACAACACCGACGUCAUCCUUGUACUCUUGCCAGAGCUGCAUCAUCUCGUCGAACACUUGGGGGUGUUCCUGGCACAGGUCGUUUGUCUCGCCUGGAUCGUCCCGAAUGUUGA